UACAAUUUCCCACUCCUCGCUUCUCUCUCUUCUUCUCCAAGAAGCAUAACGAGAAGGUCCAAAACCCUCACCAAAACCCUACGAACAUCCUCUCUCUCCUCUUCAGGCGAUCGAGCCCAGGCCGAAUCAUCGAGCAAAGAUGAGCACCGUGGACAAGAUGCUGAUCAAAGGCAUACGGAGCUUCGAUCCGGAGAACAAGCAUGUCAUCGCCUUCUUCAGGCCCCUCACCCUCAUCGUUGGCCCCAAUGGCGCCGGCAAAACCACUAUUAUCGAAUGCCUUAAGCUCGCGUGCACCGGGGAGCUGCCUCCCAACUCGCGCUCCGGCCACAGCUUCAUCCAUGACCCCAAGGUUUUGGGGGAGACGGAGACUAAGGGGCAGAUCAAGCUCCGGUUCAAGACUGCUGCUGGCAAGGAUGUGGUGUGCAUACGCUCCUUCCAGCUUACACAGAAAGCUUCCAAGAUGGAGUUCAAAGCUCUAGAGAGUGUACUCCAGACUAUCAACCCUCUCACUGCAGAGAAGGUAUGCCUCAGUUAUAGAUGCGCUGACAUGGAUAGGGAGAUUCCGGCUCUGAUGGGUGUCUCCAAAGCUGUCCUUGAUAAUGUCAUAUUUGUCCACCAGGAUGACUCCAAUUGGCCACUACAGGAUCCAUCAACACUGAAGAAGAAAUUUGAUGACAUAUUCUCCGCCACUCGUUAUACGAAAGCCUUAGAGGUCAUCAAAAAGCUUCACAAGGAUCAAGCACAAGAGAUAAAGACAUAUAAACUGAAAUUGGAGAAUCUGCAAACUCUUAAAGAUGCAGCAUAUAAGGUUAUUUUUACUGGUUUUCUCGUUGAUUUUUCUUUUCCGGCAUUCUCAAUCACUUAGUUUUAAAAUUGUUUUUUGUCUUACGUCGGGAUACAAUU